AUGACCGUCAGCCUGUCGGGGAGAGACUUUGGGUCUCCGGGUGUGACGCUGGAUUGCUGUCACCUCUUCCAGAGCCCAGGCGAAGCAGUGGAGGUAGCAGCGUCAGAAGCAAGUGAUCGAGAGGAGGGCUGGGGACAGGAGAGUGGGAACUUCGAGAGUCGUUUCAAGCUCCGUGCCCUCCUCUCCAAGGCGGUCUCCAGGUUCCCCGGAGUCUCUAGGUCUAUACUCCGGGUGACACUGGCGCUUUUGCCCAGCGCGGCUCUAAGGCAACCGCACUCUCAGCAAACACCCCCCUUUUACCGCCGCUGCCCCAGAAACAGCCGGGGGCGGGCCCGGGAAUCAAGUGUUGGAUCUAGGUCUCCGCCCACUCCUCACCACUCCCCCCCACCGCCCCAAAUCACCACUCUUGGGGGAGAGGAGCGCUGCCUCCGGAGCCGGCUGCCCUUGCGUGACCGGACCCUUCGCCCCCCAUGCCCUGCCUCCCACACGAUGUCGAACUGUCCACCCUGGUGGCUGCUACUGCUGCUCUCGCCGUGGGAGCCGCUGCUCCGGAGGGCGGAGGCAGGCUCUGAGGGGCAGACGGCGGGAGAGCUGUACCAGCGUUGGGAACGGUACCGCAGGGAGUGCCAGGCGACACUGGAGGCUGCAGCGCCCCCAGCAGGCCUCUCCUGUAACGGGUCCUUUGAUAUGUACGUCUGCUGGGACCACACUGCACCCAAUGCCACUGCCCGUGCGUCCUGCCCCUGGUACCUGCCCUGGAACCGCCACGUGGCUGCAGGCUUUGUCCUCCGCCAUUGUGGCAGUGAUGGCCAAUGGGGACCUUGGAGAGACCAUUCUCAGUGUGAGAACCCAGAGAAGAAUGGGGUUUUUCAGGACCAAAGGCUGAGCUUGGAGCGGCUGCAGGUUGUGUACACCGUGGGCUACUCCCUGUCCCUUGCCACACUGCUGCUCGCCUUGCUCAUCUUGAGUUUCUUCAGGCGGCUGCGCUGCACUCGCAACUACAUCCACAUCAACCUGUUCACGUCUUUCAUGCUGCGGGCAGCAGCCAUCCUCACCCGAGACCGUCUGCUUCCUCCACCUGGCCUCUACCCUGGGGAUCAGGCUCCUAUCCUGUGGAACCGGGCCCUAGCUGCCUGUCGCACGGCCCAGAUCUUGACCCAAUACUGCGUGGGUGCCAACUACACGUGGCUGCUGGUGGAGGGCAUCUACCUGCACAGCCUCCUGGUGCUUGUGGGAGGCUCCGAGGAGGGCCACUUCCGCUGCUACAUGCUCCUCGGCUGGGGGGCCCCCGCGCUUUUCGUCAUUCCUUGGGUGAUCGUCAGGUACCUGUACGAGAACACGCAGUGCUGGGAGCGGAACGAUAUCAAGGGCAUUUGGUGGAUUAUAAGGACCCCUAUCCUGCUAACCAUCUUGAUUAAUUUUCUCAUCUUUAUCCGCAUCCUUGGCAUCCUCGCGUCAAAGCUGAGGACGCAACAGAUGCGCUGCCCAGACUACCGACUGAGGCUGGCUCGCUCCACGCUGACGCUGGUGCCCCUGCUGGGCGUCCACGAGGUGGUGUUUGCUCCCGUGACUGAGGAACAGGCCCGGGGUGCCCUGCGCUUGGCCAAGCUCAGCUUUGAGAUCUUCCUCAGUUCUUUCCAGGGCUUUCUGGUCAGCGUCCUCUACUGCUUCAUCAACAAGGAGGUGCAGUCGGAGAUCCAGCGGGGCUGGCACCGCUGCCGCCUGCGCCACAGACUCGGCGAAGAACCGUGCCAACCCCCCGAGCGCGCCUUCCAGACCCUGCCCUCGGGUUCCGGCCCCGGCCAGGUCGCCGCCGGCCGCGCUCUGUGCUCGAGGACACUCCCAGGUCCUGGGGGUGAGGCCAGCCAUGUCUUAGAAAGUUACUGCUAG